UCCAAUCGACGUGAUCUCAAUGUAAAGACAAGUGUUGGAACGUGAGAGGAACAACGCAUAAAACGAUCUAACACGUUGAGAUUAGAGAUCGAGGCAAAGAGAUUCAACUCUGUCUGCACUUCUCUGAUCCAAAUUCGAUCAAUUUCACUCCCAAUUCCGAUCAACAAUGGGUUCCGAUUCAUUCAGUGGUGAUGAAACCGCCCCUUUCUUUGGAUUUCUCGGCGCCGCUGCUGCCCUCGUCUUCUCCUGUAUGGGGGCUGCGUAUGGGACAGCGAAGAGUGGUGUAGGUGUGGCAUCGAUGGGAGUGAUGAGGCCUGAGCUGGUGAUGAAGUCUAUUGUUCCAGUUGUUAUGGCUGGUGUGCUCGGUAUCUAUGGUUUGAUUAUCGCUGUCAUUAUCAGUACCGGAAUCAACCCUAAGGCCAAGUCUUAUUAUCUUUUUGAUGGCUAUGCACACCUUUCCUCUGGUUUGGCUUGUGGUCUUGCUGGUCUUUCAGCCGGAAUGGCCAUUGGAAUUGUUGGUGAUGCCGGUGUUAGAGCAAAUGCACAGCAGCCAAAGCUUUUUGUGGGGAUGAUUCUUAUUCUGAUCUUUGCUGAAGCCCUGGCUUUAUAUGGUCUGAUUGUGGGUAUCAUAUUGUCUUCACGUGCUGGUCAAUCCAGAGCAGAUUAAGAUUUCAGGAAUCAAGAACCACACGGUAUGUAGUUAUUCUGAGAAAUGAAGAUUCAUGAUGAACAAACAAAUUCUCUAAAAUUUUCUGAUUCGUAGCAUUUCUGGCGUUAUUUGCAUUCUUUUAUGGUGUUUUUUAUAUAUUGCGGCUUUGGAAUAAGACCAUGGUUUGGUUAUAAACAUGUGUCGCUUUUGUACUCCUUUUAUUCAUGUUUUGUUCAUUUCUUUUGAAAUAAUAUAUGAUGAAAUGAAACAAUUGUCGUA